AUGCCCCAGUCAAGCAAUUCUGGAAGACAACCGAACAAUCAGGUGGUGAGCUACAUUCUGCCGCAUCAAAGAGGGAACCAACCAUACAAUCAGCCCCAGUAUCAAUCUGAUCAUUAUGGGCCGUCAGACUACCCUCAGCCCAGCCACGGUAGAGGACCUUCGAAUCAAAGAUAUAACAGGCACCCCAACGAAGGUCCAGGAGAGAUUAUGGCUCCGCACCAUCCUAACGAUGCGAUGCGCGAGAUCCAGGAAGCACAGAAGGAGCAGAGGGCAGCGCUGGACAUGCUUACAAAGCAACUAUCUCAAGCUGCCAUGUCACUGGGAGAACUAAGAGAAAAUGAAGGGAAGAUCCCUGCCACGGUGCAGCCGACUGGGCGAGAGAACAUCAGUGAAGUCUCGCUAAGGUCAGGGAAAGUAUGUCAAAGCCCACCUGCGAGUUCUCCAGUGUCUACAUCUGGACCGCGCUACGAAGAAGAAGGAGAGUCCAGUUCCCUCGAUCAAGCCGCUAGAGGAAGAGACAAAGGAAAGGCGAAAGUAGGCGGCGAGACCUCAGGAGAAGAUAAAGGCAAAGAGAUUGAGAAGGUGAAGCCUUACCCCUACCGCGGAAUGGUGACCAGAAAGAGAGACGCCACGAUCCAUGUGGCCAGUCUAUUCAAGGACGUGGAAGUCAAGGUGUCACUCCUGACGGCGUUAAAGAUGUCCCCUAUCAGCAAAUUUAUCAAUGACUACCUGGCGGGCAAGGUCAAUGAAGAAGGAAGAGUGAUUACAGAGGAGAAUGUCUCUGUAGUGAUCCAGCGGAGCGACCUCCCAUCAAAAAAGACCGACCCAGGGAUUUCCACGCUCCCGAUUUCGAUUGGAGAUAUUCAAAUGGAGCACGCAAUGUGCGAUUUAAGGGCGUCUAUCAAUGUUUUGUCGUAUUCCAUUUAUAAGAAGCUGGGAGAGGCUAAGCUUGUCGACACCGACAUCAUGAUACAGCUAGCCGACAGAUCUUGCAUUCACCCCGAGGGAAUUCUUGAAGACGUGAUAGUGAAGGUGAACAAUUUCCUAUACCCAGCCGACUUCUUCGUCAUAAAAAUGUCAGAGCCAGCAGCGAAGAAGUCUAGUGGAGUCUUGUUGGGAAGGCCGUUCCUGUCCACAGCCAGCACUAUAAUCGACGUCCGCAAUGGGACGAUCAGUCUGGAUUUCAAUGGAGAGCAAUUCACUUUCAACAUCGAUGAAGCGAUGAAAAGGCCAAGGGACAGUGAGAACGUGCACUCGGUGGACAUAGUCGAGCCUCUGGUGCAAGAAUAUUUAGAGGAAGAGUUUCUACAGAGGCAAUUCACAGACUCGGCAGCAGACGAAAAGAUCGGGAAGGAAGUCGCCGACUAG